AUGAAGAGGAAUUGGGAAAUUUUGACAUAUGAUCGCAGCAAGCCACGAAGCGACGAUCGAAUGAAGGAUCUUACUUGCAUCGAGGGUAUUAGGUUUAUUGGUAUACAGUGUGUCAUAUUUUCUCACGUGUUACUAAUUUACAUUUAUUCUUACACGGACAAUCCUCAGUUUGUUGAGAAGAUGUACGAUCAGUUUGGGUGGCAAGCUGUGUUGAACUCUCCCCUGUGGCUGCAGGCCUUCUUCUCGAUGUCAGGGUUCCUAACAACUUACGCCACCGUCAUAACUGUCGACAAAAACCCCAUUACUGUGUUCAAAUGUUUGAUGUCUCUUAUCAAUAGAUUUAUAAGGUUAACGCCGGUGGCGGGCGUAGCGCUGUGGUUCACGGUGUCGUGUUACCGCAUGAUGGGCUCGGGCCCGCAGUGGUCAUGGCUGGUGACACGCGAGUCGCACGACUGCUCGGAGCGGUGGUGGUACCACAUAUUAUACGUGCACAACCAUUUGCCAAUGGGCAAGUUCUGUAUGGGACACACGUGGUAAGAUUUUAGUUUUGACGAUCUCCUUGGAGGCCGUGGGGCUCGCAAGCCGGUUUCUAGGUGUCGCCAUCCCAGAAGUAUUUUGCCUUAUUUCCAGGCUGAGGUCUCGCUAGAGUUUUUGAUCGCAAUCUUAUCGAAUUCGGACUCUAACUCAAAGCGCUUGCAAUUUAACGAUUAUUGCAAGUCUGUACAGUUCACUACUUAUUAGGUACAUACAGAGUGCUAUCGUCAAAUUGCCGAUAUUCAUUUAUUCCUAGCGAUCGAGUUUGACAGAUCAGUUAGUGGACUCUGCGGUCGUUACUUAACGAUUGCAAAUUCUGUCGAGAUUGCAGCCCCUGUGUUCCUAUAUUUUCUACGGUUUGGACGGAGUUGCCACUCUUCGUUGUUUCACCAUAGAAUAGUGCUUCAAAGCUUAAUUGAAUUUCAAAAUAAUUUAUUGUUUGUGAUAUUAGUCGUAAAUAUUUUAUUACUAAAUAGAAUAAAAAGCCCAAGCUUGUUUGCGAAUACAUAGUAAUUAUUAGUAAUUACAUAGUAAUUAAAUGACAUUAAAAAAAUAUUUUUUGGCGUACGUCCAAUAGUUUAAAAUAUUUAAAAAUAGGAUAAAGAAUUAUGACAUUUAAGAUCAUAGGCAUAAAAAGUUUUAAUGUAAAUAAUUUAGAAACAGGAUGUCGGUGUCGAUUGUACGAAGGCGUCUAGAGAUGCAACUUUUAUAAAAAUAUUGAUACGAGAUAUCAAUAUUUUAGUUGAUAUCGCUUUAUCAAUCUAUAUUUUAGCUUUACAAAGCCGAUAUAUUUAUAUUUAUCGCAAUAUGUUUGGGGUCUUAAGUAAACUAUCGAUAUCGCUGUUUCUUCGAUAUCGAUAUCUUUGGCAUCGGUAUAUCAGUUUUCCGAUAUAUCGUUGCUUCCCUAAACGCACCAUUACAAAGCGAUUGUUGUGAUGUCUCCUUAGGUACCUGGCGGCGGACAUGCAGCUGCACGCGCUGGGACUGGUGGUGCUGGUGGGUGUGGCGAGGCGGCGCGCGCUGGUGGCGCCGGUGCUGGGGGGACUGCUGCUCGCCUCCGCCGCUGCCGCCGGGCUGGUCGCCUACUUCUACCGACUCACGCCCAUCAUCACCGGACAGGCACCAGAGUCAGUCAUUAUCUAUACAUAGUAUAAAACAAAGCCACUGUCUGUACGCUGAGAUAUUACGGAUUUUAAUGUAGUUUUCAUUCAUAGGAGUGAUUGAAGAGGAAGGUUUACGUCAAUAAUAUAAGAUGCAGCAGGUGAACCCGCUGACGGAAAGCUAGUUAUAUAUAAUAAAUACUACACGCACAGUUUAACACAAUUUUUUAAAGAUCUCCAUGAUGCUUUGGUUAACGUAGUCAGACUGUCAACUUUCGUAAGGAUCUGUCCAAAAAUAGGUGACCAAAAUUUUUUUACUCAAGCUCCGGCUACAGAAGUCAUUUAAGCUGUCGGUUCCGGCUGCAUUUGCAGUCAUUAGCACCCAACAAUUCUCACACUAGGUUCGCGUUGUGACUCAUGGCCCAUUCUUCCUAUUCGAUUCGGGAUUAUUAAUAGGCUGAUGAUGAUGAUAGGUUAUCACCCGUUUUCACUAUUUGACUCCAUCAGUAUGAAAGAAUUGUGCUCCAGCAUUAUUAGGGUGAUGAUGAUGAGUGGCUAG